GCUCCCAGGGCAGUGGUUUCGAGAUUCUGAUCCGGUUGCGCUUUUUCUCCCCGCACGUCGCUGAGCCGCGCGGGCCGCCGUGCCCAUCCCCCCGCCCGCCCGCCCGCCCGCCCGCCCAGCUCGCUCGGCACGGCCAUGGCGGACUACUCGCUGGACGACAUCAUCCGGAGACGCGGGCUGCGCGUUAAAGGCAGACCGGUACCAAGUGCCAGGCCGGUUGCUGGUGGCGUUAAGUCACGGAUUGGAGAUCAGUUUGUAAAUGUAAGCACAAGCUGGCCAGCCAGCAGCUUUCAAAGGACUUUUGAUGCACGGCAGAAGAUUGGCAUCACAGACGCUCGGCAGCGGUUAACCAUGAGAGACGCUCGCGAUCGCUUGGGACAGAAGGAUAUGCGCUCAAAAAUAACCGGGGGAUCCUCAAAGGUUCUCGACGCACGUGAAAUGAUCAAUUCGAGGAAAAGCCAGGAUGGGAGUGAAAAGGGGCUGGCAGUGAAAAAGGUUUUGGAUGCUCGGGAGCGGCUGAGUGCCAGGAGAAGGACUCCAGCUGCGGCCACCGCUCCAGUGAGUGGAACCGUCAACACGGGAGGCAGGAUAACCAAAACAAUCCAAGUACCACAGAAAAAACCUUCUGCUCCCGUGCUGUCACAUCCCUUGGGAAUGCAAAUUAACGUGGUGAAUGACCAGAGCCCUGGCCAGGUUAGUGACGAGGAUAUUGAAGAGGAGGAGGAAGACCAUAUUUUACGUUCAAUACCCUUGGCAAACAAACCCAUGAAAGUCACCACAGUGGCAAACCACUUCACUCAAAAAAGGCCUGGUUUGACCGCCUCAAAGCUGUCUCUUGGAAAGCCUGUUCCCCUGACGAAAGUGGUCCAGAAUGACUCGUACACCGCUCCUCUGCCACCUCCUCUCACCCUCACUCGCUCGAGACCUUCGACAAAUGUAUCAAGAGCAGAGCAGGAGCCAGCUGAUGAUGUGCUGCCUCUGGAGCUAAAUCUGAGCCCAUUGGAGGGAACAAAAAUGACUGUCAAUAAUCUCCAUCCACGGGUGACUGAGGAGGACAUAGUGGAGUUGUUCUGUGUUUGUGGCGCUCUGAAGCGGGCGCGCCUUGUACACCCAGGAGUUGCAGAAGUUGUCUUCGUCAGAAAGGAUGAUGCCAUCACGGCUUACAAGAAGUACAACAACAGAUGUUUAGAUGGUCAGCCAAUGAAAUGCAACCUUCAUGUGAACGGAAAUGUCAUCACUUCAGAGCAGCCAAUCCUGUUGAGACUGAGCGACACCCCGGUGGCGAAGAAGCACGAGGUCCCCAGGGUCAAGCCCCGCCCGUCCAACCAGCCCCCCGCAGAAGUCGACCCAGAGACCGUCCUGAAAGCGCUCUUCCAAUCUUCAGGACCCUCGACGUCAGCCCAGCCCACUGCUUUCAAGAUCAAACUCUAACGUGCGAUCAGUGAGACCACCUCCAGACUCGACCACAGCCCAACUCCUCUGCCUCUGUCGUCUUCAUAGUUUCCUGACUUCCUUUGAGCCCCUUCCACCUGAUGCUGUCUGGAGCUGGUGAAGUACAGCGGGCAAUAGCUGAGGUGCCUGCCCUAUCCCGGAUACGUCGGUCUCUCGGCUCCUAUCCGUCAGCAUGCUGUCACUUGUCCUGCUCAGCCAGGUCACUGAACUUGCCUUUUAAGCCACCUGGUCGGAGUGCAUUCCUGUGCUGGCGAAACAGGUUGUUCCAUGGAUUAAUCUGAAUAUGGUGCUACCAAGGACGUUGCUCAUUAUCCCCUCCCUCUGGUCUAAACUGGCUGAGCUCUGUGGGAGGUGGCCUGAGUGACAGAUGUGGCAAUUUAACCUGCUGCCCUGCUCCCUCCUCCCCGGGUCCCAGGAGCUCCCCUUCCCCCCCCCACAGGGAACAGAGUCGUCAGGUCUCUGUGCUCCGAGCAGCUCCUCACUGCUCCCCCAAUUCUCACAUCUCCCCCAAACCGUCCAAAGUUUGACCAGGGAAAGGCAGCAGACUAGGUCAGUGCCCCCGGCAGGAAUAAACCUCACUCCCUACUUGCAUUCUUGAUCACCACUCCCUGUUCAUCCUCCGGGCGGGCCCGAGAGCAUUGCUGUGUGUGCUCCAGGUGCUGAUGUGAUGGGACUGGCUCCUGACCAGCUGCAUUUUCAUUUCAUGCUCAGUUUACUGCAGAGUAAAUCACAAGCCCAGACCUGGCCUUGGGCAAUGCUGCAGGAGCUGGUCUGCACCCCUCCACCCCCUCCCCAGCCUGCAGGCUCACCAGUAGAGCAGUGGUUCCAUCGUUGCUGGGGCAAGGCAGUGGAAUGGAGAUCACUGCAUUGCUGAGACGAAGCUGGUCGCUGCUGAGACUUGGCAAUCACGGCUGUCCCUCCCAAUUCCUGCACCCCUGUGUGCAGCCUCCAGCAGCACUGCAGACUCAGUUACAUUUGAGAUUCUACAUUAAAGUUUUACUUACCCCCAGAGAGUCUCUCCCUCCCUCUCCACUCCAGAUUUUCCUGUGUUUGUUUGGGCUGCUCUCCUCCUGCACUGUGAGGAACCCAGACUGCUGAAGGGGUGAGUGGCCAGGAACGCUGCUCUGAUCCCCUGUCCUGAGCCCUGGCACUCACACUACAGGCCCCAGCAGGACAGCUGGCUGCUGGGGAGGCUUUCUGCACUUAAUACAUGCAGUGAAAACAUUUGGUGAUUGCAUUAAAUAAGUUCGUCAGCCUCUCGUUUCGGAAGUGGGAGAAUCUCACAGGCUGACGAGUGUCCCUGCGAGAGGUAAAGGAGCUAGAAUGGAAAUAUUUCACAGGUACAAGGCCACGUGGGUGUUUAAAAGGGAAAACUGUUCAGCUUCACUACUCAUGCCUUGCAGAGGGAGGUCAUUGAAAGGUUGUAAGUCUGGGGUGAAUCAGCCCAUGUCUGAAGGGGUGAGUAGAUCCUUUAUGUAGGAGUUAGCUGGAUCCCUUGUGGAAAUGUGAGGAGAUCCUAUUGAAGAAAGUGUGAAUAAUUGUUCCCUAUUCGAUUAGAGUAAUUCUGUCAUUCUGGUCCUUUUGAAGGUUUUGCCCCCUUCAUCUUUGCUCCCGGGAGUUGAGUCCCAGAGGACUGCAGACUGGUGUGGAGAGACAUCCACCUCGGGCGUGAGCCCAGGCUCUGCACAUUGCCGGGCUGCUCAACUGCCGGACCUUCAUAGUCCAUUUCCCUAGAUUAAUUCCUGUUUGUUUUUGUUUCAGCUGUGAAUCGGUGUGGACUGGAUGAUCAUUUAGGGAUUAUACAGAGGGAGGAGGGUGUUAGUUUUAUUCAGAGUUUGAAAGAUGUGACAGUGUGUUUGCUGCCUUUGAGUGUCAGUAAGCUCUAUCUGGUGUAGUGUGUCAGUCCAUGGAAUGCAGCAGAACGUAGCUGGGUUUGAGGCAGUGCUGCUGACGGGGCUUGAUGCCUAGGACCAGGACACAGCACUCACUGUAUGAGGAAGUAGCAAGGGACCUAUUGUGACAAUGGCAAAUGGUUGUAGUCGAUAGUAGGGUAUAUAGUACUUGGAUACUGGCUGGUGUGCUGCGGUAAAUUACACGUGAACCAUUGUUAGAAUGAGAUGCAGACCCCUCCUUGUGUGGAGGGUGUAUCAGUGGGAGGAUUCAACUUCAAAAUGCCUCCAAUAUAUUGGUGACUGGUCAAAAAUGAAUCCAUUAUCUGCAUGUUCACCUUGAUUGGAAAGGGGACGAUAAGGAGGAAUGUGUGGAAGGGACUUUUCCCAGUAAGAGUCAGUGGUAACUGUGUGGUUCCCGUUGGGAAUGGACUGGGUCAAGAGAACAGACCUGUAACCCACUCCCAACAACUACACGUUCUCCCUGCUCCACACCCAGCUGCUGCCCCCAGAGACCCCCAGCAUCAGACCCCCAGUGCUCUACUGGCCCAUUGUGGCCUGCCCACUGUGUUGUCCAUGCUGGAGAGCAGCUGCUCAGAGACUAAUGGAGCUCAGAGUGGUGCUUGCGAUGUCAGGUUGGUCCAGGGUCACACUCAGACCAUAACUGGAGGUGCGUCAUCCACUGAGGUUGUGUGGGGUCGGCCUUAGCACAUUCUCUCCCAGUUAGGUUCACCUGAGCGCUGAUACUCCGGGGCAGCCCGGGGUGAGACAGCCGCGCUCUCAGCCGGCUGGAAGAGAUCCAAAGGCAUCACUUCAACAAGGGUGGAAUAUCUAUGUCUCAACCAAAGUCAUCAGACCGGCUCGUUCCCUCAUGGCUGCCUGGGGACCUUGUCAGUUGUGUUUCUGACAUUACCGUGAUUGAGUAGAUGUUGUCAUUGGCUGUGUGAUGCCCCGGGGUGUGCAGGAUGCCGUAUGUCUUGACGUGGUGGUGAAUGUUUUUGCCACGUCUGUCCUAUCCACCUUGACCAUCUCAUUCUGACACUGACAGUGUUCCAAUUUUUAAAAAAAAACAGGAGCAGUUUGCCGGUGACUGCUGUGUGAAAAAUCCCAGGGCUGUAACCUUGGAUGUGUUCCACUUGGGGCGGGGUAAAUUUGAUUGAAAUAUAAUUGUGUUGUUUUUUUAGAAAUAAAGCUCCCAGGAGUACUUGAUUUAGCUGGAGCUGUGUAUUAAACCCACAGAUCUUAUCAAACAUGUCCUGGAUGCAGAAUAAAGGCAGCGGGGGGUGAACACAGGCAGAUCCGUUCCCCUUGUAACACCAGGGGCAGUGCCCUGAUCAUUCUAACUUCACGCACACAACCUGUUCCAUGGAGUCGUGUUGUUGUGCCUGGACGGUGACCGUUGUAAGCAGGUUUAGCGUUUGACCAUUUUAAACUGUGCUUUGCGCACCAGGCAAGGACCAUGUCUGAUACAGACCAGCAUUGGUAGUCAGACAGGUUGUGUAAAUACGUUUAUCUUAAACAGUGUGUUCUGUUCCUCAUUUACAAUACAACCUAAGUAGAUAUUGUACAGAAAAUAAUUGUCAUUUGUCUUUCGUUCAUUCACCAACA